AUGUUGGAGGCCUACCGCCGCCUCACAGAAGUCAUCUCGUCCCAGCCCGACGACAAAGAGACUGAGGAACAUGUUCAUCAGUUGCUCAUAUCGUUGCCCUCCGUAUUCUUCACCAUAGACGCCCAGAAGCGGACACCACUGCAUCACGCCGCCUCUGCCGGCAAAUCCAAUAUUCUUCGUGCCAUCCUCACCGUCGGUCCGGAGUCUGAAGUUGACCUGCAAGAUGCCGAGGGGUGCACUGCCCUCCAUCUGGCCGCGCGCAACGGCCACGAAGCCGUAGUCCGCGCCCUCCUCAAUGUCGGCGCCGACGUUCGGCGCGAGGAAGCAUUUGGCGAGACGCCGCUGCACGAGGCAGCGCGCAAUGGACACGCGGCUCUCGUGAAGCUCUUCAUUGACUCGGGCGCCGUUGUUGACGUCGGCAAUCGCGACUCGAGUACGGCGCUUCAUGUUGCCGCCCGACGUGGCCAUUCCGACGUUGUCGAGAUUUUGCUGACCGCCGGCGCCAACCCUGCCACCAAAGACAAGGUCGGCGACACGCCCCUUCAUGACGCUGCUCGCGAAGGUCGGACGGAUAUUGUUGAUGCUCUGCUCAACACGGGGCUUGUCAGCGUCGAGGCGCGGAACGCCAACGGUCUUACGCCGCUGAGCGUUGGAGCGCGCCAUGGACGCGAUGGCAUCGUGCGGUCUCUGCUCGAGAGGGGUGCCGAUGUUGAUGCGCAGAGCUCUGAAUUCUGCACGCCUCUGCACCAGGCUGCCACGGAAGGCCAUGAUGGCGUGGCGAGGUCACUCAUCGCCGCUGGCGCCGAGGUUGACUUGCAAGACAAGGACUUACAGAGCCCUCUUCAUACAGCCGUCAUAUUUGAGCAUGCUGACGUCGUAGGCAGCCUUCUCUGUGCCGGGGCGACGGUGAACCUGCGCGAUACGGAGGACUGCACGCCGCUGCACCACGCUGUCAAGAAUGGAAACAGAGGUAUUGUCAGGGAACUACUCGAAGCGGGUUCGGACCCUACAACCCUCUCUGCCGGUGGUGAGACGGCUCUCAGUCUGGCACGGGUCAUGGGCAAGGAGUCGGUUAUUGAGCUGUUUGCUAGCCCACAACUCGUUCCGAGGCAAAACGUCGAAGCAAACUCGCGUCCCAAGCGGGCACGGGGCCCGUCACGGCCCAACGAAGAAGGCGAGAUAAUGGCAUGCAAGCACUUCAUGGGAACCUUCUGGUGCCCUACCUCUGAGACGGCGUUCGACGAUCUUUCCGUCUGGAACAUACUUUACGAGCCUGACACGGAGGUCAAACUAAGCCCCCGUCAACCUCCACCGCCACCUUCACCUCCACCAUCCCCUCCACCAGUUCCUCCAAGGGAAAAGACUGGCAUCCGCCACCAUGAUCACCGCCAUCACCAACAUCACCAACACCGCCGUAAGCUAUCGCACGAUGCCCGUCGCCCUGACGACCCCGUGAAACGCUGGAUCCAUCUGCCGGCCAACAAUGUAGCCUGGGUGCUUGACCUCGUCCAAAAGAUCAGCGCCAUGGACGGCCGCACCGAGGCGGAAUGCGCCCGCGCCAUGCGUUUCGUCCGCGACACGUACCUCGAGAUGCGCUACUCGGCCCCCUACCGCAAACCGCACUUUCGUCGCGCCUCGGCUACCGGUGCCGCCGCCGCCGUUGCGGCUUCGACCUCGGCGUCGCCCUCCCUCGAUCCUGCCGAGAUGUUCUCUCUCGUCCUGCCCGUCGUGGACGUCGAGAUGGAUGAGCAGACGCGCGAGCGCCUCCGCUCCGCCAUGACCGGCAGCCGCGACGUCGCGCCCAAGAGGGAGCUCCUGCGCGCCAGCACGGCCGAGCGCACGCGUAGACUGAGCGCCAUGCCGACGGGCCUGCAACACCACCUCUUCCCCUACCUCAAGCACCUCGACGCCAUGAACGGCCUGCGGCAAAGUUUCACCAAGUCUGAGCUGCACGUGCCGCGGACGCUCGACCAGUCGUACCACGAAUCGCUGAGCAAGGAGGAAGUGCGCGCGAGGAACGAGAGCCAGGUUCUGUACCGGUACCUGCUACGCCUCGAGAGCCUUGUUAAGGCGGAGAAGCAGAAGAAUGACGGAUCUAUCGUUGCUGGAGAACAGAAGUCGGGCCAGGGGUCCGGCAACCCGUUUGAGCACCGCGAGCUGCUCGAGCAGCACUCGGACAAACAGAAGCGGACAGACGGCACGAAGGAGCAGCUGAUGAGGAUGGCGGGACGUCAGGAUGUGGCCAGCAGUGUGCGUGCGAGGGUGGCGCGUGAGCGCAAAGGGAUCGAGCAGGAGCAGCGUAAGCAGGUGUUGAUGGUGUCGCAGCUGUGGAUGUGGCGCAUCGACGAACACAAUAUCAUCACCUGCUAUCCCGAACGCUGGGACGACAAGAACGCCAAGACUCUGCUCAAUGAGAUCAAGCAUCGCGUCUUGGCUUCUCCCGGUCUCAAGUCAGCCGACACGGACAUGAUGGAUAUUGCUGCUCAUGUCCUCGAAUCGGCGGUUGGAUUCAGCGAAGAGGAGUUUCAUUUCCAGUUUUGCGGCCCCCGAUCGUACUGUAACGUCUUUGCGGGCUCAGUGGCUUUCCUCUCGAACGAGGCGAUGAAACGGUACGCGGCCUUCAAGUCGUCCAUCCGCGGGAUGCGCACGUCGAAGACUGUGCUCGGGGAUUUGCGAGCCGAGAUUGAGCUACUGCAGGAGAUAGACGAUGUGAGGGAGGAAGUGAAUAUGAUCCAGACGGUAUUAAAGGAACAAGAGCGCGUCGUCGUCGAGUUUCAGGGGUCGCGAGAACCGGACUGCACCGUGCUGGAGCAGGUCAGGGGCGGCCUCGGAGGUUUCUCUCAUCCUACACUGGACUUUUUCGAUCGCCUGGGACUGGAUGCUGAUCGAGUUCGGACCUCGCGCGAAGCCAACAUCGAAGAAGCCCUCUCAGCUAACGAGCAAUCCAAGAUUCUGUUCAUCUUUACAGGCGCCACAGUUGUCUUUGCCCCCCUUUCCUGGAUCAUGGGCGUUUUUGAGGUCAACAUAUCCGGCCUACCGAGCCCAAUCACACCAGGCACUGUGGUCCUGGCCAGCAUUGGGAGUCUACUCGCCACCGUAUUGGUCAUCUGGCUGUCCCUCCAGAUCUACGAACUCGUCGCCCAGGGCCAGAGCAGCGCGAAGCGCCGAAAGCUCGACUCCAUGCUACGCCGGAAGACGGAACCAACAGAAACCCUGGCGUCCGAAGCGACAGCGCAGUCACAGCGAGGUGAUGAUUCUGCAGGCCCAGCAAGCCAAACGGCAAGGUCAUCUGCCCUCAGGUCGGAGGCCGCCGCGAGCGCUGUGGGCCAAGGGGCAUCGGGCCAACGCAAACUCAGGAAAAGUCUCCAGGGGCAUGAUAACCUGAGGCAGUGCAACGACAUGGUGAUUGCUCAUCUGUACGCGUAUAGUAAGCAAGACCUGGUUUUUACGAUUGUUACGACACAUGCAGCCAUCACGCGACUGUCACAAAGAACGCCUCUUGCCUCGACUAUUCCAUCGCUAGUAUUCGCCGCGAAAUAUUCACGUCUGAGUCGUACAGCGCCGACGGCAGAGAUGCUCAGUGCCCUUAAAGAUGACGGGUUCGUCGUCAUAGAGAGCAUGUUUCCGCCCGACCAGAUCUCCAGUCUCAACGCCGACAUAGACACGGUGCUGACCAAGGUCGAGGCUGGCAAGUCUGCCAAUCUGACAGCGCCUCCACUGCCCGGCGGCAUUGACGGUAUCGUCUUCGGGUCGAACACAAAACGUCUAGGCAGUCUGCUGCACCGUAGCCCCACGUGGCGCGAUACAAUGAUCGACAGCUCUAUCCUACACGACCUCUGCACCGGUAUUUUCCGCGACACGGGUGACUACUGGCUCAGUACGGCCCAGAUGAUCGAAAUCGGGCCCGGGAGCAAGGCGCAACCCUUGCAUGCUGACGCGGCGGCCUGGUGGCCGUUCCUCAGCAUGGGUGACCGCUGGAUGCCCGAAGUAGCCGUCAACUUCCUCAUCGCCGCCACAGACACGACGAGUGCCAACGGCGCCACAGGUGUCGUGGAAGGGAGCCACAAGAUCAAUUACUCAGAGGCGCUGGCCGAUCCGACCUUCGACUUCUGGAAGUUCCCUGACGACAAGGUCAAGCAGGUCGAGCUGAAAGCUGGCGACUGUCUGCUUCUUGGCGGGCGCAUUGUGCAUCGUGGAGAGGCGAACCGAACCGCCGAUGAGCGCAGAAGGCUUCUCAGCUGCACAAUCACAAGCUCUGUGCUAACACCUGAGGAGGCGCACCCGUUGAUACUUGAUAAGGACGUUGUUCGGGGGCUUCCGGAGCGGGUGAAGAAGUUCCUGGGUUUCCGGGGGCAGAGUUCUAUAUCGGGAUACAAAUUCUGGCAGGACCAUAGGACAGACCUAAGCAAGACUCUGGGGCUUUGA